AUGAUCGCGCAGGGAAGCGUCUUCUACGGCUCCGACGCCGAGUCGUUCGACGAGGCGCAGGCUCGGCGCGUGAUCGUGUACCCGACGCAGAAGACGCUGCCGCCGGCUCUUGUGGCAGAGAACCUUGUCACGGACCCCCGCGCCCAGGUGCUCCUCGGUGGGAGCUCGGGCGGCGCCGUCGGCCCUAUGGCCCUGUCCAAGGCGGGCACGUUCUCCGUGUCGGAACUCGACGCCGCCGCCGGGAAGCCCACUGUAAUGCUGUCCCUCCCGAGUAAUGCGGACGAACACCCCUGGGCUCCGAGCAUGGAUAUGGGCAUGAUGAGUAGCAUGAGCAUCAACAUCAACAUGGCAAGCAUGAACCCUGGGGUCACAACAGCUUCAUCUCCUGCGACGGGAGAGGCCUGGGAGCAUCUCGAUACGUACGCGCUAGCGUACGACAAGUCGGAGUGGUCGGACAAGGACGCGUCGGUCCAGGACUCGGCACCGUAUCUCGAUGUGACCACGGCCAUGCACGGCGAGAGCAAGAUCUUCGCAUCCCGCAUCCCGCUCAUCGACCAGAUCCGCGACGCGGCGUACGCCCAGGCGCAGACGUCGCACAACUUUGCCCGCGUGGACGAGUUUUACACGUGUUUCCACACGAUCCAUCCGGUCUCGCACAACACCGUGUACGAGUUCCGCUGCACCCGGCCCCAGCUAAUUGCGCAGCAGGCCGACGGCUGGGACCCGGCGCGGCCCAGCUACGAGAACCUCACCUUCAACAACCUCGGCCUAACGGGCGUCACGUUACCGUUCGUCUUCUCCGUCAUGAGAAUCGAGUUGGGCUCCGACGCCAUGGACGUCACCGGAAUCGUCCGGAAGUUUGAUCCCAAGAUGCUGGGCGAGGAGGGCAAGCGGCACCGAGUCCUCGGGGAAUGGACCGACACGCCGACGAUUGCUGUGCGGUCCAUCCUCGCCAGCAGCACCGCGGGGAGCUUCGUCGGCGCCCCGAUCACGUUGAUGGCAACGGCACAUACCGAGGUCUCACCCAAAUUGUAUGCGAUGGCAACGGUAGCCGCCGCACAGCCGGUGACGCAAGACGAGAGGGCCGGCGCCAAACAGCUGAGCGAGAUGAAGAUGCCCUCCGAACUGCAGGACCAGACGCAGAGGCUCAUCUACCGCGUGAUGCUGUACCACAUGUCGGACCACGACCGUGAAAUGUUCGUCGGCGUCUCGAAGCCCUUGGUCAGCGACGACGGCGGCGACACGGUGCCGGCGGAGCUGGGCCCCAACCUCGAGGCCGGACUGCGGACAUGGGUGACAGACAAGUAUACCAAGGCGUGGCUCGCACAACGCAUCUCCACCAUCGCGGACACAAACAAGGACGCCUUCCGCAAGCAGCUCAGCGUCGGCCAGCGAAAGAAGUUGCGGUACUGGUGGGAUGGUAAGGGCCCGAGUUGCAUGAGCAAGGACGACUACUAUAGCCGCCUCAACGAGAAGGCCGCCCAGUUCACCCUUCUCCGGCUGCUCCCCCAGCUGCGGAACUACAAGAACGACCCUUCCAUGGGCACGACGAGCGCAGGAAGGGGAAAGGUUGCGACCACGGGUCUCAACGGCGGGAAGCGGUGGGCGGCCGCCCUCUACAACAUGUUCGGCAUCGGACCGGCGCUAAAUCAAAUGGUGCAGACACUGGGGAGUGCAUCGAACUCGGAAAGCAACAUGUUGCAGAGGAUUGGGAACAUCAUGCAGGCCCUGGACCCGAUCGCAAUAGCCGUCAAGGGCGCGGGAUGGACCGAUGCCGAGAGGCCUCUGUGUAUGAGGCUGACAGAGAACGUUAGGAAGAAGUGCACCCAGCUGCGUAUAAACAUGCCUUACGUGGGCUCUUCCUACGACCCCGUCAUCCAGGACGAGUAUCAGUUCCUACACGACGCCAUGAAGCAGUUGUGGGUGAACCUGUUGGAGGGAAAAGAGGGCUUCGGUGACGAGAUCACGAAGAAAGUGCGGGACGACAUGCAGAACUUGAUGGACGAGAUAGGUGUCGACAAGUCCUGGGAGGCAUCGAAGAAGGCGUAA